GGAGAGGCAGCCUUGGGCAUGCUAGCCCCACAGCCUGUGUCUCCUGUACCAAAGUCCAGUCCAAGCUAUCUCCUAGAGGUCCAGUUUGCUGCCCACAGCCCUGAGAGGGGCUACUAGCACCUUCCCACUAGUGGGAUCAUGAACCCUGGCCUUAAUGCCAUCGUGGGACCCUCAGUUUCAGGCAAUACUUUGUUGUUAGAUAUAUUGGCUGCAAGGAAGGAUCCAAGUGGUAUAUCUGGAGAUGUUUGGGUACAUGAAGUACCUGAGGAUUCCAAUUUCCCACAUAAUACAGGGUAUGUGGUACAGGAUGAUGAUGUGAUGGACACACUAUCGGUGAGAGAGAACUUAUGGUUCUCAGCAGCUCUUCGGCUUCCAACAACUAUGACAAAACAGGAAAAGAAGGAGAGGAUCAACAACAUCAUUAAAGAGUUGUGA